AAGAAAAAGCGGAGACUUCGUCGGGAAAAUGAUGAUGGAGCUGAAGUAGGCUCAAAACGGUCCCGAAAAGACGAUCAUGGUCGUGAAGAAAUAGCUAAGCAGAUUUUCGAAGGAACGGAAGAUGAUGUAGACGACAAUUCUGCCGUUGCAGCACCAUCCUUUGCUGCGAAGAGCGAUGAUGAGGGCGAGGAGUCGGACGAUAUGGGUGAUUUCAUUGUUGAUGACAAUGCUGCCGCCGCCGCCGGUGGCCGACAAAAGCGACACGUGAUUCACAAGGAUCCGGCCCUCCAGCAGGCUCAAGACAUUUUUGGAGUUGACUUUGAUUUCGAGGAGUUUGAACAGUAUGAUCAAGAGCGACUUAGUGACGUGAGCAGCGCGUCAGAAGAUUAUGAUUAUGAUGAGGACGAUGACACUUCGGUUGCCCGUGCGGGCAAACGAAAGCGCGCUGCAAAAGCUGCAUCACACGACAAAGUCUAUGAACUCUUUGAUCCAUCCGACCUGGCCCGUGCAUUCUAUAGCCCACAAGACGAAAAAAUACGUUGCACAGAUCUGCCUGAGCGUUGUCAGCUUCGGGCAGUUGCUAUUCGCCGUUUAGAUCCACAGUCGACUACUUACGAAACUGACCUUAUUGAGGUUGAAAAAGAAGCAGAAUGGAUUUACAACGUCGCCUUUCGGGAAGGGCCGUCAAAGAAGUCCCCUGCCGUCUCGGAUAAAAUUUUUCAAGUGCUCAAGUUGUUAAAAGAAUCCCUGUCGGAGGUGCCCUUCAUUACCUUCUACAGAAAAGAAUAUAUUGAAAAAGACCUAAAUAUCAACGAUCUUUGGCGAAUUUAUGAGUAUGAUGAAAAGUGGGAGAUUUUACAACAACGUCGGAAAAGUCUUAUCCGUCAGCUUGAAAAGAUGCACAACUAUUUUGAAUCAAUUCCGGUCGAUAGCCCAAACAGUGCCGACAAAAAGCACGCAGCAUCUCUGAUAAACCUGAUUGCACUUGCUCAAAACGCUAUCUCACUGGAGGAAGUGCAUGACGUAAUUGAUGACGAAGAUGGCGGCGAGGAAGAGAAUGAACACCACAAAGACGAACUGGAAGCUGCAGACGAAGUCGUUGAAAAGGUGUCCGAAACUCCAGGUGUGACGACCACCGUCGAUCCCCUAACAGGCCGAAGGAUUCGCCAACGGCAGGUGCGCACAACGGCUGCCUAUGAGGUUGCCCAGAGGGCGGGCAUUGCGGGUCUGGUACAGCGUUUUGGUCUCACUGCAGCACAGUUUGCGGACAAUGUCCGUGACCAAUAUCUCCGCCAUGAAGUCGACCAAUGCCCAAUGUUGCCAGUUGAUGCGGCCGCCGACUUUGUGUGUCCCCAGUUUCCCACUGCUGCCUCAGCACUUUGUGCUGCUCGGUAUAUGCUGGCAUUCCAGAUCUCACGCGAACCCGUAGUUCGACAACUGGCCAGACGUAUGCUAUACACGCAGGCUCUCAUCAGUCUCUCUCCCACGCCCAAGGGUUUUAAGCUGAUUGAUGAGGGACAUCCACUCUUCUCUGUGAAGUAUUUAAAAAAUAAACCCGUUUUGGAUCUCAUGGGAGACGUGCUGUAUCUUCACAUCCACAACGGUGCACGCGAUCGACUGAUACAAUUCCAUCUACACAUGCCGGAGAAUCAAUUGCGAGGACUCUGCCUUCUUGAUGAUCUGCGGCACUUCUUCCACCAAGAUGAAUUCAGCUCACUUGUAGAGGCCUGGAACGAACAGCGCAGUCUUCUUUUGAAGGAAGCUGUCGAACAGUUUUUGCAACCCCAUAUUUUCAAGGAACUCCAAGAGAAACUGCUGGAAUCCAGUCAACAGGCUGUUAUAAAGCUCUGCGCCCAGAAGUUAUUCAAGUGUCUCAAAGUCGCACCGUACACCACGGACGACCAUCGUUCCCUGUACCCGGAUGAUGACAAUGCGUCCACUUCUGCCGGGGUGGGUCGCGGACGUUCGAGUCAUUCGGGCGACCGAAGUGGGGGUAGUGGUGGUUCUGUCUGGCCGAAACCCGCUCGCGUUCUAGCGUUCGCUAUAAAGGAGGACACUGAAGUGAUGCACUCAAUUGUUUCCGCUGUACAACUUGAUGCAGAUGGGGAGGUAACUGAUUUCCUCCAUCUUCCAGGCAUCUUAAGCAGCGGCAAAUCGCAGCGUGAUGAUUUGAAGAGCCAGCGGGCUCAGGAUAUCCGUCGCCUGUCGAGCUUUAUAAGCCACCACCGUCCUCAGGCGGUUGUUAUUGGCUGUAAUUCGCGGCACGCUCUUACCCUGCGACAAGAAAUCCAACAACUGAUCGAGGAUUUGCCGAGCGAGUCGCGUCUCUCCCGCCUCAAUAUCGAGCUCAUGGACACGGAGCUGGCUAUUGUCUACGCCCAAUCCUCACAGGCCUCUUCAGACCUUCCAUCCACCUACUCUAAUGUCCUUAAACAAGCAAUCUCUCUUGGCCGAAAGCUCCAGGAUCCCUUAGCCGAGUUUGCUCAGCUCUUUAACACCGACGCUGAGAUAUUAGGUGUUCGUUGGCAUCCGAUUCAAGACUCUGUUCCACGCGAAUUAUUAUUAAAGGCACUGGAGAUCGAGUUCAUCAACCGAACAAACGAGGUUGGAGUCGACAUAAAUCGAUGCCUGCUGCAUCCACACACCGCCAAUUUGCUACAGUUCGUUGCCGGCUUGGGACCAAGGAAAGCUCUUUAUAUGCUCAAGCUUUUGAAGCAGAAGAAGCUUUACCUGACGAAUCGGGUGCAGCUCGCUCGUAUCCUGGGCCUAGGACCACAUGUAGCGAUCAAUUGCGCCGGUUUCAUCAAGAUUGAUUCUUCAAUGGCCCGUGACUUGGGCGGCGAUAACAUUGAGAUUCUCGAUUCGACACGUGUGCAUCCAGAAAGCUAUGACCUAGCCAAGCAGAUGGCAAAGGAUGCCUUGGAAUACGACGACACUGACGACAAUAAUCCCUCAGCUGCUUUGGAAGAAAUUAGGCAGGGCCACGGCGACAAACACAUCACGCUCUACGAUAUCCGCAAGGAGUUAAAUCACCGCUACCGAGAUCUCCGCUUUCCCUUCGAACCUUUGACCGCGGAGCAAAUUUUCAGUCUCACUACCCAUGAGACCCCGGAGACUUUGCAUGUCGGUCGCCUGGUUGAGUGUCAAGUGCUGGGUGUAGCCACCAGGAAGCCCAGACCGGAACAGUUAGAUAAGGCGAAUCCGACCAAAAAUGAAGUUACCGGUUUGUGGAUGUGUCCAUUCUGCAAGCAAGAUGACUUCCAGAAACUCGACGAGAUGUGGGCUCAUUUUGACAGUAAUGACUGCCCCGGCCAAGUUGUCGGACUGCGGUUGCAAUUGGAGAAUGGCAUCUCCGGCUUCAUUCCCCUCCGCCUAACCGAUCCACCCACGGAGCGCGUGCUUGAACAGGCCCAGCCAGGGACCAUUCUGCAGGCUCGCGUGACCAAAAUCGACAUCACCAAGUACAACGUAGAGAUGACAUUAAAAGCCAGCGACAUUCAGGACGAACGCCAUUUGUGGACUCCAAGGAAGGAUCCUUUCUAUGACUAUGAGGCCGAAGAGGCUGAAGUACGUAAGGAGGAGACAGAAAAGGAGAAAGCGAAGGCCACAGCCCACCAGGCCUACAUCAACCGGCUCAUUUUCCAUCCAAAUUUCAAAAACAUCAGCUAUAGCCAAUUGGUUGCGAUGGAGCCACAGCUCGAAGUUGGUGCUAUAGUCAUUCGGCCCAGCCGACAGAUCUUACCCUUUCCUUACUCCCUUCUUCCCUAUUGCAGCCUUGUUGCCCCAAGUAAGCACUCUACUAAACUUGGGUUGAAUGAACAACCCUAG